GAUGUGCAUCCCUAUGAAUGAGACAAAAAAUAAAUUGCAGAAAAAAUUAAUUGAAAUAUAGUGAUAUUCUAUGCAUUUAAAAAAAAUAUUAGUGGUUUUAAGCAGUAGCUUUCAAAAUAAGUCAUAAAUCAAUAUCAUUUUUGUGGAUCAUGUAGUGUUUGGAAAAAUAUUCGCCGAUUUAAAGUCGCUUUGUAAAGUGAAACAUCAACUGCUUCAAACCUUCAAUAUGGCGGACGCCGGAUUAGAGUCAAAGGGUUUUGUUUGUGACGGCUUGAACAGGGUUCACAGCACUUUUGAAUUGAAUUAUUGGAACAAAUCAAAGGCUCCAACAAACGCGAGAUAUUGAUACCUACUGUACUAUUUAAAAAAAAAUUAUAAUGAUAGUUACCUAUUUCGGAGGACUGGCAAUAAUAAAAGUUUAUAUAAGUUUAGGUACAUAAUUAUAAAUUAAUCGUGAAGUAUUUUGCCGUCGAAUGCAUAUAGAUGGAUUGUGAUAAAGCUUGAUGUGUGGACUUGGUGUAUAGUGACAAGUGACUGGUGAAGUGAAUAGGAAGUAAACAGUGCAGAGCAUGGAAGUUAGUUUCGUCCGCAAUGUUGCAGCAUGAGCGCACGACAUGAGCCCUCCUCACCCCCUGGAGCCACUUCGAUCUCGCCACUCAUGGGCGUGGAGCGCGGACGCGCGUGCGCGGCGCCCGGCGGCCAUGACGCGCUCGGCGGCGCGGCGGCCGAGCGCGACGAGCCGCCGCGCAAGCGCGCCAAGCUGCUCGACGACGCGGCCGCGCUGCGCCAGCGCGUGCUGGAGCACAAGCUGCUGCGGCUGAAGACGCUGCGCGACAGGUUCACGGAGCAACUGAGCGAGCUGUACUUCCUGCAGGCGGGCGGCAACAUGAUGGACUACGCGGCGUGGCGCAAGCGGCCGCCCGCGCCGCAGCUCGCCGCCUUCGUGGAGGCACGCCGCCCCGCCCUGCCGCCGACGCCCGCCGCGCCCGCCGCGCUCCCCGCCGCGCCCCCCGCCGCCGCCGCACCCGCCGACGAGAUGGUGGAGAAGGCCAAGCAGGAGGCGUACGUGGCGGCGCGCGUGGGCGAGCUGGCGCGCGCGGGGCUGUGGGCGGAGCGCCGCCUGCCGCGCGUGCUGGAGCCGCCGCGCCCCAAGACGCACUGGGACUACCUGCUGGAGGAGAUGGCGUGGCUGGCGCAGGACUUCGCGCACGAGCGCAAGUGGAAGAAGCAGGCCGCCAAGAAGUGCGCGCGAGCGGUGCAGAAGUACUUCCAAGACAAAGCGGCCGCCGCGCAGAAGGCCGAGAAGGCUCAAGAGUUGCAGCUGAAGAAGAUAGCCGCCUUCGCUGCCAAGGAGAUCCGGAUGUUUUGGUCCAACGUGGAAAAGUUGGUGGAGUGGAAGCGCGUGCGGCGCGUGGAGCGCGCGCGCAAGGAGGCGCUGGACGAGCAGCUCAGCUACAUCGUAGACCGCACGGAGCGCUACUCGCGCCAGCUGGCCGCCAACCUGGCGCCCUCGCCGGCGCCGCCCGACGACGACGAGUUCCAGCCGCGCGACGACUCGGACGACGACGAGGAGACCAUCGCGGCGGCCGAGCGCGAGGCGGCGCACGACGACGACGAGCUGGAGGCGCUGCGCCGCGAAUCGCGCCUGGCGCUCGACGACCUGCUGCCGCCGGGCUACGCGCCCGCGCACUCGCCGCCGCCCUCCGCCUCGGACGACGACAGCGACGCGGACGCGGCGUCCAGCGCGUCGGGCGGCUCGGCGCGGCUCGAGGCGCUGGUGGAGGGCGCGGGCGAGGCGGGCGAGGCGCGCGUCGAGGCGGCCGCGUCGCUGGCGGCGUCGCUGCAGCCCACGGGCACCACGCUGUCGGACACGGACGUGGGCACGCCGGUGCCGCGCCUGCUCCGCCACGCGCUGCGCGAGUACCAGCACGUGGGCCUGCACUGGUUGGCCACCAUGCACGCGCGCCGCCUCAACGGCAUCCUGGCCGACGAGAUGGGGCUGGGCAAGACCAUCCAGACCAUCGCGCUGCUGGCGCACCUGGCGCUGGAGCGGCGUGACUGGGGCCCGCACCUCGUGGUGGCGCCCACCAGCGUGGUGCUCAACUGGGAGAUCGAGUUCAAGAAGUGGUGCCCCGCCUUCAAGAUUCUCACCUACUACGGCAGCAUCAAGGAGCGCAAGCUGAAGCGCGUGGGCUGGACCAAGGCCAACUCGUUCCACGUGUGCAUCACGUCCUACAAGCUGGUCGUGCAGGACCACCAGAGCUUCCGGCGCAAGCGCUGGCGCUACCUGGUGCUGGACGAGGCGCAGAACAUCAAGAACUUCAAGUCGCAGCGCUGGCAGCUGCUGCUGGGCUUCCAGGCGGAGCGGCGCCUGCUACUGACGGGCACGCCGCUGCAGAACAGCCUGCUGGAGCUGUGGUCGCUGAUGCACUUCCUCAUGCCCGACGUGUUCGCGUCGCAUGCCGAGUUCCGCGAGUGGUUCGCGCCCGUGGCCACGCGCGGCGACGACGCGCUGCUGCGGCGCCUGCACGCCGUGCUGCGCCCCUUCCUGCUGCGCCGCCUCAAGGCCGACGUGGAGCGCCAGAUGCCGCGCAAGUUCGAGCACGUGCUGCUGUGCCGGCUCGCCAAGCGCCAGCGCGCGCUCUACGACGACUUCAUGUCUCGCGCCAAGACCAAGGAGAGCCUCCAGUCCGGCAACCUGCUGAGCGUCAUCAACGUGCUGAUGCAGCUGCGCAAGGUGUGCAACCACCCCGACCUGUUCGAGCCGCGCCCCGUGCAGUCGCCGCUGCAGCUGCCGGCGCUGGCGCUGCGCGUGCCGGCGCGCGCGCUGCUGCCCGGCGUGGCGGCGCGCGAGGCGCUGGCGGCGCGCCUCGGCGGCGACCUGGCCUCGCUCGAGGCGGCCGGCGCCGAGGCCUUCGCGGCGCACCGCGCGCGCCACCUGGCGCCGCCGCGCCGCCUCGUCGAGGAGCUGCCCGACGCGCCGCGCGCCGCGCCGCCGCGCCCGCCGCCCGCGCGCCUGCGCCUGCACCUGCGUCUCGUACCGCGCGCGCCGCCCACCGCGCCGCCGGAGACGCCGCCGCCGCCGCCCGCCGCGCCGCCCGCGCGCCGUGCGCCCCGCGCCGCGCCCGCCGCCGCCGCCGCGCGCCUGGCCGCGCACCGCCGCCACUGCGCGCGCCGCGCCGCCGCCGACAACGAGCGGCGCUGCUGGCGCCUGCCGCUGUGGGGCGCCGACCUGCGCGCGGCGCUGCACGCGGGCGCGCCGCUCGUGGCGCCGCGCGACCUGGCCGCGCUGUGCGACGAGAUGCGCGACACCAUCGAGAGGUUCGGCGUAUGCUGGAGCGCGUGCCGCGCCGCCGCGCCGCGCCUGCUGGCGGGCGCGGGCGCGGGCGCGCGCGACUGGCGGCGCCGCGCCGCGCGCGCCGAGAGCGCCGCCGAGCCGCCCGCGCGCGCCGCGCUCGCGCUGCUGCACGCGGCGGCGGCGCGCCAGGCCGUGGCGUUCCCGCACCCGCGCCUGCUGCAGUUCGACUGCGGCAAGCUGCAGACGCUGGCCGCGCUGCUGCGCCGCCUCAAGGCGGGCGGCCACCGCGUGCUCAUCUUCACGCAGAUGACGCGCGUGCUGGACGUGCUGGAGGCCUUCCUCAGCCUGCACGGCCACGCCUACCUGCGGCUGGACGGCGCCACGCGCGUGGACGCGCGGCAGCCGCUCGUGGACCGCUUCAACGCGGACCCGCGCGUUUUCGCCUUCAUCCUGUCCACGCGCAGCGGCGGCGUGGGGCUCAACCUCACGGGCGCCGACUGCGUCGUGUUCUACGACUCGGACUGGAACCCCACCAUGGACGCGCAGGCGCAGGACCGCUGCCACCGCAUCGGCCAGACGCGCGACGUGCACGUGUUCCGCCUCGUCACCGCCGCCACCGUGGAGGAGAACAUCCUGCGCAAGGCGGAGCAGAAGCGCGCGCUGGGCGCCGCCGCCAUCGAGGACGGCCACUUCACCACGGCGUACCUGCGCGCCGCCAGCGCGGCCGAGCUGCUGGCCGCGCCCGCCGCCGGCGAGCUGGAGAGCGCGCUGGCGGCCGCCGAGGACGAGGCGGACGCGGCGGCGGCGGCGGCGGCGCGCGCCGAGGCGCAGGGCGAGCUGGCCGAGUUCGACGAGACGCUGCCGCUGGAGCCCGAGCCCGAGCCGCCCGCGUCCGACUCGCCCGCCGCGUCGCGCGCCGCCUCGCCCUCCGCGCCGCCCGCCGCCUCGGCCGCGCCGCACGACCCGCACCGCGCCGAGUUCGCCGCGCUCAUGAAGCAGCUGACGCCGGUGGAGAAGUACGCCAUGCGGCUCGUGGAGAGCGGCGACGCGGCCGCCGAGGCGGAGCGCGCCGCGCUGGCCGACAUGCGCCGCCAGCUGCGCGAGUGGGAGCAGGCGCGCCGCGCGCUGCACGCCGAGCCCGAGCCCGCGCCCGCGCCCGCGCCCGCGCCACCGCCCGCCGACCUCACCUACUGCCGCGACGACGCGCGCGCGCAGGUGUGGCUCAGCGGCGACGGCGCCGACCAGAUGCCGCUGUGGUGCCCGCCCACGCCGCCCUCCGGCGACGGCGACGUGUACUGCGACGCGUGGGCGCGCGCGCUCUACCGCCGCGGCGCCGCGCCCGACGCGCUGCUGCCGCCGUGCCGCUGGCGCGAGCGCGCGCCGCGCGAGCCGCGCCGCGCGCGCCCCGCGCCCCGCGCCGCGCCCGCACCGCCCUCGCUGUUCGAGCGCGCCGGCCCGCGCCCGCGCGCGCGCGCCCGCGCCCCGCCCGCGCGCUCGCCGCCCGCGCCGCCGCCCGACUGGGCGCCCGCCGAGGACGCGGCGCUGCGGCGCGCGCUGCGCCUGCAGCGCCUGCCCGCCGAGCCGCCCGCCGCGCACGCGCCCAACUGGGACUGGCUCGCCGAGCUGGUGGCGGACGCGGCGCGCGCCUUCCGCUCGCCGCGCGCGUGCCGCGAGCGCCACGACGCGCUGGCCGACCCGCGCCGCCGCCACCGCCGCCCGCCGCCGCGCCGCCGCGCCGACGACGCGCCGCGUCCGCCGCUCGCGCGCUUAGACGCGCUGCGCGCCGCGGCCGAGCGCCGCCGCGCCGCGCCCGCGCGCCGCCGCGACGACGCGCCGCGAAACCCGCGCCACGCCGCGCUUCUGGCCGACCACGGCGUGGACUACGACGCGCCGCCCUCGCCCAUGGACGUGGCCGGCCGCCGCGCCGAGCGCAUCGCCAAGGAGAAGCUCAAGGCGGCCGGCGCGCCGGCGGCCCCCACGUCCGCCGCCGCAGCCGCGCCCGCGCCCGCACCGGCGCCCGCCCCUACCACCGCGCCCACACCCGCGCCCGCGCCCGCGCCCGCCGCGCCGCGCGCGCCUUUGCUGUACCGGCAGCAGGCGCUGGGCGCGCGCCACCACCUCAAGAUCCUGCACCACGCGCACGCACCCGCCGCACAGGGCGCCGAGCCCGCGCUGCGCACGCUGCAGCUGCAGCAGCUGGCGCUGCGCCGCGCGCGCCCCGCCGCGCCGCACGCGCCGCACGUCGUGCUCGCGCACCUCGCGCCGCACGCGCCGCCCGCCGCGCCCGCCUAUGCAUGGCGUCUUGCACACCGAGCCAUGCACUGUGAAGUUGACUGGACGCCGCGUCUAAUAUGA